AUGCCGCUGCGGCUUCCACGAGGCCCACCACGGAACUCCAGAAUCUGGGUCGCUCAGAUAAAUACAUGGACACCGUUCUUAUAUCCAUUCCUGGCCCCUGGUGUUGCGACACGACCUCUCACUCUCGCCCUAUCACUUCCCCGGCGUCGUGCCCUGUCGACCCCCACGGAACAGCCAGACUCAAAAAACGAUAUCAAUUCGGCACAGCAUCGAUUGGUAGAAGAGGGUGUAGAACCGGUACCGGUCCAGGAGCCCCAGCAUCCCCAUGCAGAAUACUCCACCUCUCCAUUUGCGGACAAGCAAGAGUUGACUCUGAUUGCUGGUUCUGGCGGUAACGGCUGUGUUUCAUUCCUGCGAGAGAAGUUCGUCCCAUACGGCCCCGCGAACGGUGGGAAUGGUGGCAGCGGAGGCUCGAUAUACGUGCAAGCCGUCUUCGGCGAGACAUCACUUCACAAGCUCUCCCGAGAGGGUGCCGUUCGAGCAAAGCCAGGAAGAAACGGAAAGGGCAGCUCUAUCAACGGGAAACGAGGGGACGACGUCAUUAUUCGGGUCCCCGUUGGCACAGUCGUCCGGGAAAUCUCUCGCUGGGACCCAACAGAGGAGGAAUUGGAGGAACCACAGGAUGAGGAUGUGGAAAAUGAAUCUAAACGGCACGGCCGCCACGACAGAUGGGUUCAUUACCCACGUAGCGCUGCUGAGAAUACUAUGAGUGAGGACUUUAUGGCAACAAAGUAUCCGAAGGUUCACCACUUAGGGGCCUCAACGAUGCUGGGAAUCACCCAUCCGCGGAAGGUGUAUUUGGACCUUUCAAAGCCAACAAUAAAACCCAUAUUGCUCGUGCCUGGAGCUCCGGGGGGGCUUGGGAAUCCGAACUUCGUAACGGAUGGCCGGCGGCGGCCGAAGUUCGCGACGAAGGGUGGGAAGGGGAUUCAAAUGAAGAUCCAACUGGAGCUGAAAAUUCUCGCGGAUAUUGGGCUCGUUGGAUUACCCAACUCCGGAAAGUCCUCCUUCUUACGGGCGGUCUCUAGACGGAAAGCUAGAGUGGGAGAAUGGGCGUUCACAACCUUAGCGCCAAACAUUGGAACAAUCGUAAUGGAGGAGCGCUACCUUCCACCACCCAGGCCGGGAGAGACGCAGAAACGCCUACCGAGGUUCACAAUCGCUGACAUCCCUGGGCUAAUCGCUGACGCCCACUUGAAUAGGGGCUUGGGACAUGGCUUCCUCAGACACAUUGAGCGUGCGAAAGCCCUCUGCUUCGUCAUCGACCUUUCUAGGGAAGACCCAGUCGAGGACUUGAAAGGCCUCUGGCGGGAGAUUAAAGCCUACGAACAAGGCUUCGCUGGUGACGAGGGCGAGUCAACAGUACGCGGGAUGAUGAGUGAAAUGAGCGGCGAAACGCACUCCGAAGACCGCUUCAUUGAGCCCAUGGCCGAGAUCUAUCGGCCCGGGCGUAGACGCGCUCCCACCACCACGCACAUACGUUUCAACGAAGAGGAUGGGACCUUUGAGUAUUUUGAACCGGAGACUGGCUUCGUGUUUAGUCAGAAACCUAAAGAAGAGGCUCCACGAAUGGCUUCGAAGCGGUGGUUUGUCAUUGCUAAUAAGGCUGACCUGCCGAAUACCGAAGGGAAGUUUGUGGCAUUGCGCGGGUAUUUGGAGACGGAGGAGAAGAGAGGGGAUGGGGAGAAUAUCGGGUUGAUACCUAUUAGUGCUUUGAAGCAGGAGGGGGUUGAGGCCGCGGUCGAUUGGAUGAAGUCAAUGCUGGGGUUUUUG